AUGUAUCUUGCUCGUCGAGUAUUGGUUUACGCCGUCGUCACCUCUUUCUUCCUCCUCAAUAUCCUCUUGUUUGGCGUUCCCCGUUCUGUCUUCCAAUCCGGGAAAGGCAACGUCGAGAAUGAGCAAGAAAUUCCAGACUUUAGCCGCUACGAGUCAUUAUACACAGUGCCGGAAGGCGAGUUCCCACUAGACGACCCAACGAAACGAGUGAUUAUUGUUGGUGAUAUUCACGGUAUGAUAGAACCACUUCAGCACGUAUUCCCUUCAUUCCUGCACCCCGCGUCGCCUAAUGGUCUCUGCAGUAUACUUCUGGAUCAGUUAUCCUACGACUCGCGCUCUGACGUUCUUGUUCACACUGGAGACGUCGUUUCUCGAGGACCUCACAAGGGUUCUAUGGCCGCUCUUGCAUUUAUGGUUGCAAACAAUGUAACUGGGGUGCGCGGAAACCACGAACAGAAGGUUGUAGAAUGGCGGGGGUGGAUAGACUGGAUACACACACUGCCGCAGGGUAAACGAUGGCUCGAGCGCACCGAGAGACAAUGGCACGAGUCAAAUCUGGACCCCAGCAGGGCGAAAUUUUGGGUAGAAAUGCAAAAGAGAAAAGCAAGUGAGGAGGAUCAGAGGUGGUGGAAGCUCGUCCCUAGGAAAUGGAUCAUGUUCGGCGACCAUUAUAAGAUUGCCAGGGAGAUGGACUCGGAACAUUUCAACUAUCUUUUGGACCUUCCGUUGAAGUUGUAUGUGCCCAAUGCACACCUGUUUGUGGUCCAUGCAGGGUUAUUGCCUUCGGACCCACGAUACCCAUAUUACGAUGCCAGUAGGCAGCCGCUGGCGAGAAAGCCGACUAGAUUGGGUGGCAUAGACGUUGUCGAUGGGGAUGAGGAAGAAGUCAAUGAUGCUGUGAAGGAUUUACGCAAGGUACAGGAGAUGGCUCUGAUCACGGAAAUCCCGCAAAACUUGGAUCCUUGGACCUCAUUGAACAUGAGAAGCGUCAAAGGAGGGAAAGUUGUCAAAUCCAACAAAGGCGAUCCAUGGUCAAACCUAUGGGAGAGGGAAAUGGGCCACUGUGUUGGAUUUAACAACGAGUAUUCCAAUGCGAGCAGCAGGAAAGAGCAUCCGCUUCCUUGUUAUCCGUUAUCCGUCGUUUAUGGACACUCGGCUGCGCGUGGGUUAGAUGUUAAGCGGUGGACUGUCGGUCUUGACUCGGGUUGUAUAUAUGGCAGGAAGCUGUCUGCAUUGGUUAUUGGGGGUCGAAGGAAGAAGAAGCUGCGCAGACUAGACGAGCUGGGCGAAGAGGAGGAGGGGGAAGAUCUGGACGUUGGCUUGAUCGCUGAUACCAAGGGCAAGGAUGUGGACGACGCGAAAAAGUCUAACGAAAUUGUCAUUCCGUUCGGCGACAACGGCACAGCGAGGAUCUUUUCUGUGAAGUGUCAGAAACCGAGGUAG